GCGUGACAGAGUGGUCCCUUUAAUGGCGCGCGCGUGGACUUGCUCAUCCGCGCGCGUGUCGCUCUCGUUGUUUCUCUACCACUUUCUCUCUCCAGUGUCGAAGCGCCUCGGGCGAAUCGGGGUGUGUCUACACAAACAAGGAAGCCACCGAGCGCAAACACCACCACCACCACCAGUGGAGCUAAAAUGCAGCACAAUGAAAAACUGACAAGCCGGAUCUGACACUUGUUUGGCUUGAAAGGCGUCUAGAAAACAUGAAGAAGCAGCACCAUAGCCCCGCUAAGCUAGCGGCGGAAGUGCGCGUGCCAGAAGGCGAGGCUACCGUGCAGCAACUCAACGAGCUUCUGUCCGACGGCAGCGGCUUCUACAGUUUACCAGCGCAACAUUUCAACGAGGUGUUUCCUCGGAUUUACAUCGGUAAUGCGUUUGUGGCCCAGAAUGUGAUGCGUCUGCAGCGGCUCGGCAUCACACACAUACUCAACACAGCAGAGGGCAACUCCUUCAUGCACGUGAACACCAACGCUGAGUUCUAUGCAGGAAGUGGGAUCACAUACCAUGGAAUAAAGGCCAAUGACACGGAACAGUUUAACCUCAGUGCCUUCUUUGAGGAAGGGGCCGAAUUUAUUGAUAAGGCUUUGGCACAUGCAAAUGGAAAAGGAAAAGUGUACGUUCACUGCCGAGAAGGCUACAGCCGCUCCCCGACUAUGGUCAUUGCUUACCUCAUGCUGUACCAUAAAAUGGAUGUGCGAGUGGCAACGGCUACAGUAAGGCACAAGAGAGAAAUUGGGCCCAAUGAUGGCUUCCUGCGCCAGCUGUGCCAACUCAAUGAGAAGCUGGCCAAAGAGGGCAAGCUGAAGACUAAAUGAUAAACAAGACAUCUAUCACUCCUCUGGCGCCAGAGCUGGUGAAAAGAUCUUACCAGGCUAGCACCCCCACCCUCCCAACACACACACACACACACACACACACACACACACACACACACACACACACACACACACAGCUAAUGAUGUGUAAAAGGCAGAUUCAUAUUAACAGAAUAAUAUAUUGUGUACAAAUUGAAAAACUGUCUUGAAACACACACACACUCACACACACACACACAGUGUGUCGGUCUACAAAUCUUGCAUUCACUAUCAUAACUGUCCUGCUUCUCUGCCUUUUUGUUUGAUCACAAUUUCCCACGUAAUGUAUGUAGCCACAUGCAAAAUAAUUAGAUUUAAUAUAUUUUACAAUAUAUUUAUAUUUUACAAUAUAUUAUAUGACUUAUAUAAAAUAUUACAGUAUAUUCCAUUUACAUGUAGAGUGUAAAACACUCCUGCUGCCAUCUGUUUGUAUGCCUAGCAUCUUUGGAGCUCUUUAGCCCAGUCUGCUUACAAUGGUGUAAAUUAGAGCACAGUCACGCCAUAGUCUCCCACUGCCGGAUUUUUCACAGUGAUCGAUCCCAUUCCAUUUUGUAUAAGGUUAUAGAUGGAGGAAUUUCAAACGACACAGUGUGUACACAUACCUCUGUGGAAAAAGCACCAAAAUUACACUUAGAAUUAAUGAUAGGAUAUUGAUUUAGCUCAUUGCAGCUGAUACUGCUUACUGAUAUUUCCAUCAGUGCUCACAGAAUGAGGGUUAGACCACUGACAGGGUAUCCCAGUGUUAUUUUCAUGUCAGCAUUGCUUUUUUGUACCAUAGCUACAUACGUGAAGUAAGCAGUUGUUCAGCCAACAUAUAUUAAAAGUAUCAGUAUCAGCCAUGAUACAGUGCAGCAUAGAGCUGACAUGUCAGUUUACUCUCUACCAAUCCAGAAUAACACCUAAACCUUGUAUCCUCCUCAAGAUCGCAGUCAUUAAAAUCAGUAUGUUUAUGUGCUUGCUUAUGUAAUGGUAAGUAUCCUUUAUCAUGCAUCAAAUACAAGGUCAAGCCAUGCUUUAUAUAGGGCAUUACUAGCAUAUAUACUGUAUUUUAGAGAAUUACUUUAAGCCAAUCUCAUUAUUGGGUCUUCCGUAUAGCCCUGAUAUUGAGAGUAUGAUUACAAACAGCGACUGUUUGUAAAUUGGACUGAGAGCACAAAAGAAAGAUCUGAGCAUCAUUAGUCCACUGACUGAAGCUCACUUGUCACAUAUAAAGCCCUAGGGUUUUCCUGUAUUUUUUAAUGAUUAAGGAGACUCAUAUAUCACUUAGAACCCACUAUAAAACUAGGCCACAUGAAACCAUAGAGCAUUUUUUUUUAUUCCAAUUACUCCAAUUUCUAUAUUUAUAUGCAAUGCAGAAAUAUAUACAUGUAUAUAAAUAGUUAGGUGUUGACAUAUAUGAAUGUAUUAUAAACUGUAUGUAUAUUACUACAGUAUGUGUUCUCAAACUAAUAUCCACCUUAUUGUAGCCACGAUUCAUAUCAUGUUAACACAUUAAUAAGGAUUAAUAAUACAGUUACAAGGAUCUAAAUUAAUAAUACAAUUAUAAGGAUCAUCUAGAGCAGGGGUUAUCACCUAGCAUAUCAGGGUCUAUACCAGCAAAUGAUUUAAGUGGACUGAAGUGAGCACUUGUUCAAAACAAACAC